AAUGGUUUUAUGCUUUGUGGGGAUGACCUACCUAAUGUACGGAAAUUAAACCACAUUUAGAAAUUAGCUAGAAUAAAUACCACUACAGUAAAGUUCUAGAGGAGAGUGAAAAAGUUGGCUUAAAGUUCAACAUUCACGCCCGCCGCGCUCUCGGAGCCCAGGCCGCCGGCAUGUCUUCCGGGGCCAGCGUGAGCGCCUUGCAGCGCCUGGUGGAGCAGCUCAAGCUGGAGGCCGGCGUGGAGAGGAUCAAGGUCUCUCAGGCGGCUGCAGAGCUUCAACAAUAUUGCAUGCAGAAUGCCUGCAAGGAUGCCCUGCUGGUGGGUGUUCCAGCUGGAAGCAAUCCCUUUCAGGAGCCCAGAUCCUGUGCUUUACUCUGAAGACUGUAGAGAAGAAGUUUGCUGAAGAAUGCUUUCAAGCACAAACUGAUGAAUGACUGCCUCCAAAUUUCAAGAAAACACUUCUCUAACCACAGGACUUCUAGAUGUUUCACAGGACCUUUCCUGUGACCUGGUCCUUUAGCCAACAUUCUGCAGAAACUGAUGUUUCUACUCAAAUAAGGAAACUGGGUGAAGGUGUAGAUUUUAAAUAAUAAUGGCCUGAUUCUUUGCUGAAGUGCUUUAUACUUAAACAAAAACCUUACCGCCAAAUAUACCAAGAUACACUUCUUUCAUUAAGUGAAUUACUAGCGUUUCUAUGCCUGGAAUGUUAUGUAUGUUUUAUUUACUAGAUGUUUACAUUUUGGGAAGGAAAACAGUAUUCUUUGUUAAAAAAUUGAAUAUUUGUUAUUUGCUGUUCCCAACUAAGAUCUUUAUACCAUAACAAAAUUUGCUCUCUUCUCAUGAAUUUAUAAUUUCUAAAUGAAGACAGGCAAGUAUAAAAUUGGGGGAAGAAUGGGCUUUGUUAAUCAAAUGAUGUCUUGAUUUUUCUAAAUGAGGAGAUUGUUUCAUUUUCAACACUAAGCAUGGGAUCUAUUUCUUAGCAACCUUGUUUGCAAAGAUGAAUGUUGUUUUCUGUAUGAGACUGCCCCAUCCAGUAUAUGAAGCAGGUUUGAUCUUCGUCUUAAGUUCCUCUACUUUAUAGGGGUGGUUUUACUUAAAAAAAUAUACUAAAUUAUUUCAUUUUUAAAUGUGAUCUACAGAGCAUUGCAAAUGAUUUUUUUAAAGUAAUGUGAAAAUAUGAUAACCUAAAUGAAUUUUUAAUGUCACAGCUGUAUUAUUUUGAUGAUGUGCCUUUGAUUUAAUUUGGGACACUUAAAGGAAUACUUUAUUUGUGUUUGUUUUAAUCUUUGAAGAACUUGGAAAUAAAAUUUCUGCUUAAUUUCUACUAAA